AUGGACUAUCAGAGAUUUAUCAGUCAACGUAGUAAAGCCAGAAAGCCAUCGGCUAUCCGUGCAAUUUCACCGUACUUGCAUCAAAAAGAUAUGAUCUCUUUAGGAGCAGGUCAACCCAACUCUGGUACAUUUCCUUUUGCUGGCAUGAGCAUCACCCUCAAAUCUGGAGAGACACUUGACAUUGACGCUCAGUUGUUUAAUCGCUCACUGUCGUAUGAUUUGACUCCUGGCUUGCCCCAUCUGAACGACUGGCUACGAGAAUUGCAAAAUAUCGAACAUAAACCACCUGUAGAUUUUGAUCUUUCCAUUGGUGUUGGAUCUCAAGAUCUCUUGACAAAGGCUUUUGAUAUGCUGAUCGAUGAUGGAGAUUCUAUUUUGAUCGAGAAUCCAUCAUACACUGGCUGUCUUUCAUUCCUCAGAACUCUUAAAUGCGAUCUUGCAGAUGUUGCUACUGAUGGCUAUGGUAUUAUACCUGAAGAGUUAGAGAAGAUGCUUGCCAACUGGCCUGAAAGCAAUCCCAAUGGCAAGAAGGAUCAGCCUCGACCUCGCUGCUUGUAUACCAUCCCUACUGGUGGAAACCCGACAGGAAGCACUGCAACAUUAGAGCGUAAGCAAGCUGUUUAUGAGAUUUGCUCCAAGUACGACGUACUGAUCCUCGAGGAUGAUGCUUACUAUUAUCUGCAAUUUGCCAAGGAUCGAAUUCCUUCUUAUUUAUCUAUCGAUAGAGAGGGACGAGUCCUUCGUUGUGAUAGCAUGUCAAAGAUUCUGUCUGCUGGUCUUCGUAUCGGGUGGAUCACUGGUCCUAAGCCUUUGCUGGAACGCAUCAACAUGCACACGAUGGUGACCAACCUUCAACCAUCCGGCUUGCCUCAGGUAAUGGCUUAUCAGUUAUUGGAUCAUUGGGGUCACUCUGGAUUCUUCAAGCAUGUAGAUCAAGUUGCUGAUUUUUAUCGUCAAAAACGAGAUGAAUUUGUUGAAUGUUUAAACAGCAGAAUGAAGGGACGUGCAGAGUGGGUUGUGCCUAAUGCAGGCAUGUUUGUUUGGUUACGCUUGCUGGGCGGCAUAGAAGAUUCUUACGACUUGGUCAUGAAAAAGGCUUUAAAGGAGAACGUACUUGCUAUUCCUGGCGUUGCUUUUAUGCCUCACGAGACAAAGACCGAAUACAUUCGAGUAUCAUACAGCAAUGUGUCCAAGGAGAACAUGGAUGAAGCGCUCCGUAGAUUGGCUAAUGUGGUGGAUAAAGAAGCUGCUUCAAAUGUAGCUGCUUAG